AGAUGCCUUGUAUUGUCUUCUGUGAUGGCAUUAUCACGAAAGUGCCGAAACGAUCAGCAACGGAAAAGUUACCAAAGGACAGAUUCUUGUAUUUCAGCAUGCGUUGCGACACUUUCAAUAUGACGGUUUGGGUCAGGUCCCACGCGCUUAUACAUUAUAUCGAACAGCACGACGUUCAAGUGGGGAUGCCCGUGUACGUCGUGGGUCAUUUUGAGAUCACUGGAAAACGUAGCAAAGAUAAUCAUAACCAUUUGAUGCGAACGGCGUUGCGAGUCAAAUUAGGCGACGACUGCCCAACGCCCACUGUGGACGCAAGUCAUUGAGCCAAUAAAACGGUCACAGGAUAUUCUUUCUCCUGUUUAUUAUUGUUGAUGCUAUCAUAGAACACGUGCGUCAUCCAAGC